AUGGCCGCAGUCCUGUCGGCCCCCAUGGUAAGGGCGCAAGGCAAGCCGCGCGUUGUGGUGGUUGGCGGCGGUGCCGGCGGUGCCACAGCAGCACGCUACAUCGCCAAGGGCAGCAAGGGCGCAAUCGACGUCACGUUGAUUGAGCCGACACGCAAGUACUACACAUGCUUUUUCUCCAAUCUUUAUCUGGGUGGUUUCAAGGAAAUCGAGGACAUUGGCCACACCUAUGGCGGCCUGGCCGCGGGCGGUGUGAACGUGGUGCAUGAUUGGGCUGUUGGCGUGGACCGGGAUGCCAGGACCGUUUCGUUGGCCGGCGGCGGUUCGCUGCCAUACGACAAGCUGAUCCUCAGUCCGGGCAUUGAUUUUGUCGAAGGUGCGGUCGAAGGUUGGGGGCUCAGCGCUCAAAACGCGAUGCCGCACGCCUACAAGGCAGGUUCCCAAUCCGAACUGUUGAAGGCGCAACUGAUGGCUAUGCCGGAAGGUGGCACCUUUGCGAUGGUCGCCCCCCCAAAUCCGUACCGCUGCCCUCCGGGACCAUACGAGCGUGUAUCGAUGGUGGCCCACUUUCUCAAGCAGAACAAUCCGACCGCGAAGAUCAUCGUGGCUGAUCCGAAACCAAAAUUUUCCAAGAUGGCACUGUUCCAGGAGGGUUGGGCGAACCACUACGAAGGCAUGAUCGACUGGAUCGGCGAUGAUUUUGGCGGCGGAAAUGUUUCCGUUGAUCCGAAUGAAAUGACGGUCUCAAUCGAUGGCGAGGUGACCAAGGUUGACGUUUGCAAUGUCAUCCCGGCCAUGAAGGCCGGUCGUAUUGCCGAGCUUGCAGGUGUAACCGACGGCAAUUGGGCACCGGUGAAUGCCUCGGACAUGUCAACAAAGGCGGAUGCCGAUAUCUAUGUUCUGGGUGACGCUUCCAGCCAGGGUGAUAUGCCCAAGUCAGGCUUUUCGGCGAACUCGCAGGCCAAGGUCUGCGCCAACGCGGUGCGGGGUGCUCUGACGGGUUCCAAGGUCUUCCCGGCAAAAUUCUCCAAUACAUGUUGGUCCCUGAUUGCGCCAGACGAUGGCGUAAAGGUCGGGGCAACAUACGAGGCGACGCCGGAGAAGAUAGCCAAGGUCGACGGGUUUAUUUCUCAGACCGGGGAAAGUUCCGACCUGCGCAAGGCGACCUACGAGGAAUCUGAAGGUUGGUACACCGGCAUCACCACAGACAUGCUCGGAUGA